UACAUCACUACUAGCUCUUAUAAGAGCUCUCUUCAGCUACACUCCUACACUCUCUGGAAGGAGAGCCCCAGCUAUACCCUCCUGGAGUAGUGAGCCCCGCUCUACCCACUCUGCAGGACUUUGAGUUGGAGCUCUGCCGUGGUCUCCAGUACUGGAAAGGAGGACGCCCAGACGGUAGAUACCCCCACUCCAUAGGGGUAACCGUCACAAAUACAUAAGCUUAUAGAUGCCUUGAAGUCAGUGGUGGGAAACAGCAACAUCUCCACAGCUAUUGCAGUAUGCGAGCACCAUGGAAAAGAUGAGUCUAUGCACAGGUGCCGGCCCCCUGAAGUGGUUGUUUGGCCAGAAACAGUUGAACAUGUCAGCAAGAUGGCUGAAUUGUGCUAUAAUCACAAGGUGCCUAUCAUUCCCUUUGGUACUGGCACAGGCCUGGAAGGUGGUGUAACUGCAGUACAGGGUGGAGUCUGCUUCAACAUGACACGGAUGGACAAAAUCUUGAAUUUGAACACGGAUGAUUUUUAUGUUACUGUUGAACCAGGCGUUACCCGCAAGUCCUUGAACAGCUAUCUGAGAGACAGCGGACUCUGGUUUCCUGUUGAUCCAGGAGCGGAUGCCUCGCUUUGUGGCAUGGCAGCAACCAGUGCUUCCGGCACCAAUGCGGUACGAUAUGGGACAAUGCGUGAUAAUGUGAUUAACCUUGAAGUGGUUUUAUCUGAUGGAAGGAUAUUAAACACAGCAGGAAAAGACCGAAAUUUCAGGAAGACAUCUGCAGGUUAUAACCUGACAAGCCUGUUUGUAGGCUCCGAAGGGACACUGGGUAUAAUUACCAAAACAUCACUCCGUCUCUACGGUGUCCCAGAAGCUAUGAUGUCUGCUGUGUGUGCCUUUCCCAGUGUCCAGGCGGCAGUGGACAGUACGGUACAAAUUCUGCAAUGUGGAAUUCCCAUCGCUAGAAUUGAGUUUUUGGAUGAUGUCAUGGUUGAUGCGUGUAAUAAAUAUAACGGGCUCAGUUACCACACUUUGCCGACCCUCUUCUUGGAAUUUCACGGCACAGAGAGUGGAGUGCGAGAGCAAGUACAGCAGACAGAAGAGAUAACUCAACUAAAUGGCGGCUCAGACUUCACUUGGGCGAGGGAUCAGGAGGAGAGAAGCAAGCUGUGGACUGCCCGGCACAACGCGUGGUAUGCCGCCCUGGCACUGCGUCCAGGAUGCAGGGGCUAUGCCACGGAUGUGUGUGUUCCCAUUUCUAAGCUCCCUGAAAUCGUAAUGAAAACAAAGAAAGAUCUGUUAGAAUCAGAACUUACCGGUCCAAUUGCCGGACAUGUUGGAGAUGGGAACUUUCAUUGCAUUAUGGUGCUAAACGUGGAUGACAAGGACGAGGUGUCCAGGGUAAAGGCAUUUACGGACAGACUGGCCAGGAGAGCACUGGCAUUGAACGGAACGUGCACAGGGGAGCAUGGGAUCGGGCUUGGAAAACGUUCACUGUUAGUGGAGGAGAUUGGUGAAGUUGGUAUUGCCACAAUGAAGCAGAUCAAAGCCACAUUGGAUCCCCAAAAUAUAAUGAACCCUGGCAAGGUCAUUUAAAAUGUAUUUCAAAUAAUCAUUCACCUGCAGGACACGACACAGUUAUUACAGUGAUGCUGGUAUGGAAGGGUUCAUUGUCACACAGGCUGACACAAGUUGAAGAUAGGUUGUGCCAAAGUGAUAAGGUGAUUUAAGUGGAAUUCUGUGUAUUUGGAUGAUAAAGAUGUUUUGACUUGUUCUCAGGAGACGUGUGAGAUAAUUAAAUGAUGUGGAACGGGUUGAUGUAGAAUUAUUAAAAAUCUUUAUUGAACCUGUAUUGAAUUAUUGUACUAACUCCAUUUUAACCUCACACUGUGACAGACCCUCCAUUUUGUCCACAUUACCUGACAGAUCCUCCAUUUUAAACUACAUUAAAUGACAGAAUUUCCCAGCAACACUUAAUACAAUGAACAGAGACUGUAUUUUCUAUAAGGACAUGACUAACCCCAGAAUUGCUGAAUCUCCUGUAAUUUGCAACAUAGUAUAAUCUGAAGGCCAU